CAGUUCCUUUCUUUUGGAAUUUGAUGUCACCACCUGAACUUGGAUCAAAAUGGAAUUAUAUGGGAGGCUCGUUUAUUUCUGCUCUGGUCGGUACCUUUUUGGAAUCUAUUAGUCCUAUGGGUACCGAUAAUCUUACCGUUCCUUUAGGU